CCAAAGCAACAACGUUUCAACAUUAAACUCAUCGUUGGUGCAGCUCCAAAGCCUUUUGUUGGGAUCCUGAACAUCACGGAGGACGGGGCGCUGCUGAAGUGUGAGGUUCCAGGUGCUUUUCCAAAGCCUUUGGUGGAGUGGAAGGACAGCGAUGGAAACAUCCUUCCCGCUGAGGAGCCACAGGUGUCGUACAGAGGAGACCGCUACUACGUCACCCUCCUCAUUGCUGUGACCAAGACAGACACCAACGUCUUCCGCUGUGUAGCCACACAGCAGGAGAUCAGCCAUGUGACUGAUGAUGAUAUCUGCGUGCCUCACUGUGAGAAAACAGCUGAGCUGAAGUCUUGCUGUGGAGUGGCUGCGGUUGUAGCAGCAUUUUGUGGUGGAGCUCUGAGUACUGCAGUUCUGUUUGUAGUUAUAAAGUACAUUAGAAGAUGGCAGAGAGGUGAGAAUAAUGAUGGAUUUCAUAUUCAGCAUUAAUUUUGACAUACAGUAUGUGUGAGGUGUAAAAUUCUCAGUAUUUUAUGGAUGAAUCUUUUGGUUUAAUCAUCAUAAUGCUCUGGAUUGGCUGCAGUUCUUUUUUUUUUUACAGCAGGUAGUUUUAGGCAUAUUUAUCUAAUUUAUCAAGCUAAAAAGAGAAGGAGUGAUUCUUUUAAAAAAAAAACCAAAAAACUCUGAGUUAUCUAUUUGCCGCAGAUGUAGCUUAAUAAACUGUAAACUGAGGUACAAGAAGACAUUUAAGGUGAUGUUAGUGCUGAGCGAUUGUCUCCACACUCUGACCAUCUUAUCGUCCUGCUGUAUGAUCACUAAUGCUGUGUCCCAUCAGCACCAGGGGCAGGUCAGUGGGUGGGUGAUGGGCUUAACAUGCAAUUCAAUUCAAUUUUAUUUAUAUAGCGCCAAAUCACAACAACAGUCGCCUCAAGGCGCUUUAUAUUGUACAGUAGAUCCUACAAUAUGACCCCCUAUG